CUAAAAGUCAAACUAUUUUAUUUACAAACAGUAAUAGUAAGUUAAUAGUUUUUGUUUUUAUUAAAAACCAAUAUAUAACAUAAAUAUUCUGUAUAAAUAUGUCAGAUGUUGAAGUAGUAACGUUCAAAAAACGAAACUUAAAGACUAGAGGUGGCAGAAAAAGAAAAGCGUCAAGUUCAGAAGAAAAAAACAGUUCAGAUUCAGAUGAACCUACUGUUGUUUUACCGACUAAGAGACCUCAAAAAGCGAACCCAAAUGUGCAAACAACUGGUGGGGAAAAGAACAAGCGAGUUGUAUUAGACGAUGCUAGUAGUAAUGAUGAGGAAAAUGAUAAACCAACAACUACACUGUCAGUAUUACAACAAAGAGAAAAUGCAACAGCUACAUAUGAAAUGGAUACUGAAAAGGACAAAGACGCCCAAGCUAUAUUUGAGAAGUCACAGAAAAUAAACGAUGAAUUACAAGGUCAAGCUGAUGACAAGGUAUACCGAGGCAUAAAUAAUUAUGCUCGAUAUUAUAAAAAACAAGAUACGGCUAUCGGUAAUGCGAGUUCCGGUUUUGUGAGGAAAGGCCCCAUCAGAGCUCCGGCCAAUUUAAGAUCUACUGUCAGAUGGGACUAUCAACCUGACAUUUGCAAAGAUUAUAAGGAGACUGGUUACUGUGGUUUUGGAGAUUCCUGUAAGUUUUUACACGACAGAUCAGAUUAUAAGCACGGAUGGCAAUUGGAGAUGGAGGAAACCAAAAAUAAAGAGGGGGAAUCGGACUAUGAAAUAGAGAGUGAUGAAGAACUACCAUUCAAAUGUUUUAUAUGUAGGGACAGCUUCAAAGAUCCCAUAGUGACCAGAUGUAAACAUUAUUUUUGCGAGAAAUGCGCGCUGCAGAACUAUAAGAAGUCAACGAGGUGUUUUAUUUGUAACGCCCAGACUAGUGGUGUUUUUAACCCGGCGAAGGAACUCGAAGCUAAGAUUAAAGCACGCGCUAUGGAAAAUGAUGGUGACAAUGAUUCUGAUGAUGAUGAUGAUGAUGAUUGAUCAAUGAAUGUUGUUAUAAAAUAUUUCGCGUUUAAUUAAUUUUAAAUACCACCAGUAUCCCAAACAUUUUUUUUUCGCCUUUUUGCCGUCCACUGCUGGACGAAAGCCUCCCCCAUAGAACUUUUUUUUUUUUUUUUUAUAUGUCCGAGAUGGCAAAUGACUCUACUCCACCUGAUGGUAAGUGGUAGUAGAGUCCAAACGCGACGACGGCCAGUACAGUCGGGAAGAAUGUUCUGUACUAGCCGUCACCGCCUUGCCGGCCUGCAAGAUGCCUCUUCACGCCUCGUUUGAAGGAACCCGGGCUGUAAGAGGAGGGGAACAUGUGAGCUGGUAAAGAAUUCCAUUUUUUAGUAGUGCGACAAAGAAAGGAGUUGCCAAAUUUCUUUGUGCGCGAUGGAAUUGAUGUCACAGUUAGGCGGUGACAUCGAGAACCAGCUCGCGUGGACUUAAGAAGGAAGGGGGAAGCAGGAAUUAGAGAGAAUAAUUCCUCAGAGCACUCGCCGUGAUACAGUCGAUAGAAAGCGCUCAGUGCUGCUAUCUCGCGACGCAAUUGUAAAGGUUCAAGGGUGUUUGUGACC